CCGAAAGCAGUCCAUUGAAGGAAGGAUUGGUGGAACUGGAGGGAGCCUCUGUCAAAAAUUUAACACCUCAUCCCAUACAUAACAGUGAUUAAGAUAUCGCCAGGAUGCAUAUCCGUCCACGUUACAUUGUUGACCGAUCAGCUUAUUCCAUUCCUGAAUUUGAUGAGGAGUACCAGAAGAAGGUCAGGAGUUACCCCCAUUCACAAAAAGUACGGAAAUUCUUCAGCUGUUCAACGUCCCAUCUCAAGUCCAUCCUCCUACAACUCUUCCCAAUACUCUCAUGGCUUCCAAAGUACAACUUCAAGAAGGCUUUCAUCUUUGAUGUUAUUUCGGGUAUCAGUGGUGGGACAAUUCAAGUACCUCAAGGCAUGGCCUUUGCCCUGCUCGCCAGUCUCCCACCAGUCAAUGGACUAUACUCCUCGUUCUUCCCUCUUAUUAUCUACUUCUUCCUUGGAAGCAUACACCAUAUGGUCCCAGGUACGUUUGCUGUGUUGAGCAUUAUUGUCGGGAAUGUGGUGCAAACUCUGGCUCCAGAAGAAAAUUUUCAACACUUCAACGAAACUCUGAACAAGACAGUGACAGAUAUUACUGCUAUGAAUGCUGAUCGUAUGCACAUUUCAGGAACUCUGACGUGCUUAACAGCUAUAAUACAGAUUUGUUUAGGCUUCGUUCAGUUUGGCUUUAUUUCCAUUUACCUCUCCGAAUCGUUCAUCAGAGGGUUCAUGACAGCAGCUGGGCUGCAGAUCUUCAUCUCAGUCUUGAAGUAUAUCUUUGGUCUGUCUAUUCGUGCCUACAGUGGUCCUUUGGCAAUAAUAUAUACAUUCAUUGACAUCUGCAAAAACCUUCCCAAAACCAAUGUGGCUUCCCUGAUUUAUGCUUUGAUCAGCAGUGUGGUCUUAUUCGUUGUGAAAGAGAUCAACGUCAGAUUUAAACACAAGCUUCCAUUCCCCAUCCCAAUGGAAAUCAUCAUUGUCGUGGUUACCACAGCCAUCUCAGGGGGACUGCACAUGCCCAGAAAGUACGGCAUCGAUGUCGUUGGAGUGAUUCCUCUCGGGAUGCCUGCUCCUCAAGCUCCCGCUGUCAGCCUCUGGAGUGAAAUGAUUGGAACUGCUAUCUCGCUUGCUAUUGUCGGCUACGUCAUUAACUUAGCAGUAGGAAGGACAAUUGCCACCAGGCAUGGCUAUGAUGUUAACGCAAGCCAGGAAAUGCUCGCACUGGGCUGUGGUAACUUCUUUGGAUCAUUUUUCAACAUCCACGUUAUCUGCUGCGCGCUGUCAGUUACCCUGGCUGUGGAAGGAGGUGGAGGAAGCUCACAGUUCGCCAGUCUCUUUGUGGUGAUAGUGGUGCUUCUGGUAUUUAUGGUUUUGGGAGUGUACCUGGAGCCACUUCCUAAGUCCGUGCUGGGAGCACUGAUAGCAGUGAACCUGAAAAAUACCUUGAUGCAAAUCACUGACCCCUACUACCUGUGGAAGAAAAGCAAAUUGGACUGCAGCGUGUGGGUGGUAAGCUUCCUGUCAGCAUUCCUGCUUGGUUUGCCCUAUGGGGUAGCAGUCGGCGUGGGAUUCUCGGCGCUGGUUGUCGUGUUUCAAACGCAAUUUCGGAAUGGCCACCUGGUGGGACAUAUUGCAGCCAGCGACAUUUAUCGAAAUCCCAAAGUCUAUGAAAAGGCUAAAGAAAUCAGUGGAAUAAAAAUUAUAACUUACUGUUCCCCACUGUAUUUUGCAAAUGUGGAGUUUUUCCGGAAGAAAGUGAUUAAAAAGUCGGGAUUUGAUCCAGUGAAGGUUUUAUUAGCGAAGAAGAAAUACCUCAAAGCUGCAAAGAAAGAAGAGCAGGAAAUAGAUGCUAGAAGGCCAAGUAAUCUCUUCAACAAGCAAGUGUCCUUACAGGAGCUGGUAAAAGAGGUGGAAGCAGAGUCAUCCAUGGACUGCAAUAAUAACUCAGUGGAUGAAGCCCCCCGAAUCUCUUACAUCACGGUCAACACCCCGAAUGGGUUGCACGAGAGGAUGGAGAAAUCUACACUGGAGCGGGAGAAUUCCGAAGAUCCCAUUAAACUUGCACAUCCCAUCAUUGAUAUCCACACGCUCAUCCUGGACAUGAGUGGAGUCUGUUUCGUAGAUCUUAUGGGAAUCAAAGUUCUGGGAAAGAUGUGUUCAAGCUACAAGAAGGUUGGCGUGACCAUUUAUCUGGCUGGUAUACGAGAUCAAGUGUUUGAAGAUAUCGAGAAUGGCGGCAUGUUCGAUGAGAGUGGAAUGGAACGCAGUUGUCUCUUCCUGUCAGUCCAUGAUGCAGUUCUCUAUGCACUGGCCAGCAGGCAGGAUACAACCAAGGAAAAAGUUCCAGGUUCUGCAGCGAUCUACAUGAAUGAGGACAUAUUAAGUGAUGAGAACGAUAACAAUCAGGAUUUGGAACAGAUCAUGUUUGGAACAAUGUUCGAUAACAGUGUUGGAGAUCAUACAAUUCUGUGAACGAAUUUGGCAAUCCUGAAGAUCAAAUGCAGGUGAUUGGAAUUCGAAGCCAAAAGAGCUUUCGGAUCAAAUAACUUGUUAAAUGUGUAUUGUAAAGUGCUUUGCACUGGCUUCUGAUACACAGAGUGAUAUGGAAAAGGGUAUAAUGUGCAGGCACCAGUUGUUAGUUAAAGACUAUUUCUUGGUUGUAGUAUGCUAUUUCUUAUUUGAUGCACAAGGAAUGGACAAGUCUUCCCUAUGCUUGUGUGAAACCUUUUAAUUUGGCUCAUGUGAAAAUACGAUAUUAUUGUACUUGGUUGAUAUCCUGCUGUGGCUGGUAUCUCUCUUUGCCACAGCGAGAUACCAGAUGUCUUCUUUCGUUUUCUUAGUCAGUUUCUCAGGUUCGAGAAUGACUUGCUCCCACUUGGGUCCUGAUGGUUCUGAGGUGGCUAAUUAGGCCAAUACGGGACUCAUGGUCUCUGCCACAGGUGGGGCAGGAGGUGCUUGAUUGGGAGGGCAAGUAGAUAGUUUGAGAGAUGGUCCACCCCUUCCGCCCUCUACAAGGGGCUUCUGUGUGCUCCCGACGAACAGACUCCGGAUAUUGUGUCGUAAGAUCCUUCUCCGCAUUGAGCGGUUAUGGGCCAGGGACGCUCGGUAGUCGGUGGGGUUGUUAUACUGGAAGAAUGGGCUCCUGCUUUAAAUGCUGAUGAUUUAGUAGGGUGUGUUCAAAAACACGGGAAAUAUUUCAGCCCGAGGUCACUUGUGAUAUGAAGCCUUUCGAAAGAGUAUGAAGGCAUUAGUUAAAGCACUGUACAUGGACAGUGUCCAUUGACCAAAUUACAAGAACUGUGAAGACAACAGAUCCUUAUGCUUACCACCCCUUGGAUAGCAAUAAGGGCAGUAAACCCAGCUCUUGUAUGUCCUUGCUCAGCCCAGGUACCCAGGUCAGAUGCCUGACUGAGAUCAAGUAACUCAAGACAUGGGUUAUCGGUAUGGAUACAACACAAGAGAGAACCCAUCCUCCAAGCUACUUGGAAGAGCAUUAAAAGUUGGUGAAGUUGAAAUGGUUUUAUUUAUUCCAUACCCGUCUCUCUCCCCACCCACACCCUCCCCACCCCAGUAGUAACUCGGGGCAAUGCACAACCAAUGAAAUACUUUGUUAUUGGUGUUGAUUAAGUAUGCCGCAAUGUGUGCCUUCCUUAAACCUUAUGUGGCUGUUAUACAGAAGGUCCCCAAUUAAGCACCAUGGUCACUGUCUAACUUUAGAGCAAAACCCACUCCUGUGUCAUUCUCUUAUUUUUAGUCAUGUGUCCAACAUCUCAAAGUAAGCUAAACUGACAAAACAGGAAAUGGGUAGGGCUUUUCAUCUCCAUAAAGUAAUAAAUUAAUGU